CAUCUAGUAGGCACACUCAUUCACUCAGUCACUCUCUUCUCUCCCAGUCUGGGACAUCUAGGACUGCUGUGCCUGUAGCUUUCUAACAGACAUGAUGCCUCGCAUCUUCCUCACCUGCUUGAGUUCUUUGCUCCUCCUCUUCCUCUCCUCCCCAACGCAUUCGGAACCCCGCCGACCGUCGUCAUCAUCACCACGCAGCAGGACCGCGCGUGCUCAGGCUCCCGCGGGCAAGGUGCGCCUGGCGGGAAACUAUGCCCAGGGACAUAACGAGGGUCGCGUAGAGGUGCUGCACAACAACACGUGGGGGACGGUGUGUGAUGACGAAGUGGACAUCAAACUGGCCAAUGUCGUCUGCCGGGAGCUGGGCUUCCAGACCGGCAUGACAUGGGCACACAGUGCCAAAUAUGGAGAGGGUGAUGGUCCUAUCUGGAUGGACAACGUGCGUUGUGACGGCACAGAGAAGACUCUGAAAGACUGUAAACAUAACGGCUGGGGCGUCAAUGAUUGUAAGCACUCUGAGGACCUUGGCGUGGUCUGCAGUCCGGAGCGACGACUGGACCAGGUCACAGGUUCGCGUAAUGGUCAGUCGGUUGCCCUGCGUCCGGAUGUCAGUCCCUCGCCCCAGUGGCAGAGCAUUCUGGCCAGCCGCAGUAACCCCCGACAGGCCCAUCAGGGAAACGGACACCUCCCGGAGAGCCCCAGGCUGAGACAGCACCUCUACAACCCGUAUUCCAGCAAGGUGCGUAUUCAGGAGGUGCGUCUGCGACCCAUCCUGAUGCACACUAAGAAGCAGGCCCUGAUCACUGAGGGUGUAGUGCAAGUGAAGCAUGCUGGGAGAUGGAGGCAGGUGUGUGACCUGGGCUGGAACCUCAACAGCAGCAAAGUGGUGUGUGGAAUGCUGGGGUUCCCCGAGGCAGAACUACACAACGAAAGAACAUACAAGAAAAUCUGGGACACCAAGGUUGCUGAUCCAUCCACAAGGCUGAGCCUCAUGGCUCGUAAAAAGGGUUUCUGGGUAGAGAAGGUUCACUGCCUGGGGUCAGAGACCAGCCUAUCAGAGUGUCACGCUCAGCUGUCCAUUCCACAUAGCCCCACCCCCUGUAAGAGUGGGAGACAUGCGGUGGCGAGGUGUGUACCGGGACCGCAGUUUGCACGUAUGUCAUCUGGAAGACCCCAGGCACCCCACCCAAUUGUGCCGGUGCGUCUGAAGGCUGGCCCCAGGCUGGGUGAGGGCCGGGUGGAGGUGCUGAAGGAGGGGAAGUGGGGGACCAUCGUAGACCACUUGUGGAACCGAGUCUCAGCUAGCGUGGUGUGCAGGGAGCUGGGCUUCGGAACCGCCAAAGAGGCCCUCACUGGAGCUUACAUGGGACAAGGUACUGGUCCUAUCCAUAUGAACAGUGUCCAGUGUUUGGGGACAGAGAAGUCUAUCCUAGACUGUUACUUCCAAGAUGUCCCUCUCUGGACGUUUAAACACACCCAGGAUGCCUCAGUACGCUGUAACAUCCCCAAGCUUGGCCUGGACAGCACGGUGCGAUUGGCGGGGGGCAGGGAGCCAGGUGAGGGGCGUGUGGAGGUACUGAUGGAUGUAGGGGGUCGUAAGAGAUGGGGGUCAGUCUGCAGUGAGAACUGGGGGAUCAACGAAGCCAUGGUGGUCUGUAGACAGCUGGGUCUGGGGUUCGCAUCCCGAGCACACCAGGAGACGUGGUAUUGGGCUGGGGAUCGUAAUGCAGCAGAGUUGGUGUUGAGUGGAACCCACUGUGUUGGAACUGAGCUGUCAAUCCAACAGUGUCGCCGUAACAACCACGUACACUGUCCCCGAGGGGGCGGGACUAAUGCUGCAGGGGUCACCUGUUCAGAGACUGCCCCUGACCUGGUACUAGAUGCCCAACUGGUUCAGGAGACAGUCUACCUGGAGGACCGACCCCUACACCUGCUGACCUGUGCCAACGAGGAGAACUGUCUGUCAUCCUCCGCUGCCAGAAUGAACUGGCCCUACGGACACCGCCGCCUGCUACGAUUCUCCUCUAGGAUUAUGAACAUGGGACGGGCCGACUUCAGACCUAGGGCUACCAGGGAGUCUUGGACAUGGCACGCAUGUCAUAGGCACUACCACAGCAUUGAGGUGUUCACCCACUAUGACCUGUUGACUCUGAAUGGGACCAGAAUAGCUGAGGGACACAAGGCCAGCUUCUGUCUGGAGGAUACAUACUGCCCUGAAGGUCUGCAUAAGCGUUUCUCCUGCUACAACAUGGGCGACCAGGGCAUCUCAGUGGGUUGCUGGGAUACGUAUCGCCACGACAUCGACUGUCAGUGGAUUGACAUCACCGAUGUCAAGCCUGGAGACUACAUCUUCCAGGUGGAAGUUAACCCUUCGUUAGACAUGGCUGAGUCGGACUUCCAGAACAACGUGAUGAGAUGUCGAUGCAAAUACGACGGACACAGAGCAUACAUGUAUGGAUGUCACGCAGGUGAUGCGUACAGUGCAGAGAUUGAGGACCUGUUCGAGCACCAACGGCAGAUCUCCAAUAACUUUGUCUAGGCCCAUUCAGGGCCCAGCGUUGGCCCAGUCUGGUGCCCAGCGAAGAGGGCUCAGAGCUGGGAACAGACUUCUCAGGGUGGCCUGGGGUCUGGUGGGUCCAGGGACUCCUGCCCCACAACACUAGAGGACUCCCGGAAUUACACCUGUCCACCGCCCUGACCUGCUGUUGACUACACUACCCAAAAUACACCACAACCAGGAGAAGACCAUCACCCUUACCACACCCAACAGUCAAUAGCAACUGAGAGCAGGACAGGUGUCACCAAGGCAACCAACUUAGUUCAGUUAACAAUGGAUAAUUAAAAUGGUAUGGAUACAAUCAACUGUUAGGUCAUUUGUUAGUUUAUGAAUGUGGAUUACUAGUAAUUUAGCUACUCAAGGUUUGUAUGAAUUAAUUCUGAUUAAGAUUACAUUAUUAUUGUCUGUCCAUGAUUUAAAAUGACUAACAUAUCAAAUUUAUUUAUAUAGCCCUUAUUACAUCAGCUGAUAUCUCAAAGUGCUGUACAGAAACCCAGCCUAAAACCCCAACAUAUGCUUGGUCCGGUAAUACCCGCGUCCCAGGAAAGGGGAAAGAAUGACUGAAAAGAGUUCUGCGUUAUCUGUUUGACUGUUGGUCUGUCUGGACAAAUGUCUCCUACAUCUAUAUUAUCAUAAUAUUGGUACUGUUUGACCAAAUCACAACCUUCCUGUAGACUUUGAGGUCCGUAGCGCUACAGUGGACCUCAAGGCCCGGGUUUGAAUACAUAGUUGUGUAUGAACGUUUAUCUUAGUUUUUACAAUUUAAUUAGCUGUUUUAUUAUUGUGCAGGUAGUCAUAUCCUGAUGUGUUAACCAUUUUUUUCUCAAUAUACUGUCACUACAGUAGAACUGAUACACAAAACUAAAUACAGUUGAGUUAGUUAACAUUUCUCUCUUCUGUUUUUAAUUUACUAUUACAUGAAGGCCUUCAUGUUGGCUUUUGUAAUUUUAUCUUGAUACCAGCCAAGAAAAUGUAACUUGAUGCAGUUUACUUUAUUCUUUACUGUGUUAACUGAAUUGCAAUGCUUUUGGUGCAAAUCUUUUCAUAAUAUGUAAUGCUGCAGGUUAAUUUAUUUAAGGCUAACGCUUGCAUACUUUUUAUAUUGAUUAAACAUUGAUUUAACAUACCUUUCACCAAAUGUCAAACUGAGAGAUAGCUUUGUGCCAUCCAUCCCAGUGCACUUCUCCUUUUAUUUUUCCUGGCCUUCCCAGUGUGAGUGAAAGCAGGUUCGGUGGUAAACCCACAGUUCUGCGGCAGCCAGGUAGGCAGUGUAUAAAAAGCAUUUAAUUAGCUGUAUUUGGGUUAGAGUUAGGGUAAGCAUGGGGCGUACACAGAGAAACACUGCAACUGUGAACUCUGCUGUCACCAGCUAUGGGCCUGGGUAGGAUAGACAGACAAGAGA